AUGACUACUGCGAUGGCGCAGAGUCUUGAGUCCAGGCCUACUGUCGUGGACUUUCGCGAUGACAGCCCGUGGGUGCAACUCGCCAAGUCCCACUGGUUGGAUGCGAAAGUCCGCAAGGCUAAACCAGAUGUGAUCAAGAAGCAAUUGUGGGAUCCUUUGGAGGCGGAGGCCUUCAGCAGUCGAUCUCUGUUGAUUUUGGAGAAUCUCAACAUCCUCGAGAAGUUCUUAUGGCCGACCUACACUGGAGAUGCUUCCAACCACCACGUACUAUUAAUCGCUUUAAUAGUGAGCGUAAAGCACCGCGAACAUCUGCCCAUAUGGGAUAUCUUCUCCGAUCGCGCCGAUGACUUCUCCAAUCUCUUCCACCGCAUUCUCUCCAUGAGCAUCGACCCCUCCCUCCCUACACGCUCCCGACUCUCUAUCAUCUCCUUCAUCAUCAGCGCUUUCCAAUCACUCGAGAACGUUCUGAUCCGGAAAGAAUGCGCGCCUCUGGUCUCGAUAUCUGUGUGGCACAACCUGGCUAGUGAAGAAUCGAGAAAUCGUAUAAUUGCCAAGGCCCCUACGCUGAAAAAGGCAUGGAAGGCUUCCGGGAAAAGAUACGACGCGGGUGAUGAUGCCGCCAAGGCGAAGAUGCGAUUCGAGCGCUCAUGGCUGUAUACAAUGCUCUUGGACUUCAUCCAAAGGCUCAAUUCACCCGAACAGGCCGAUAACCUGCUAUACUGUGAACGAUUUUUGGAAUUAUUGGUCGAUCUUGAAAGUCAGCUUCCUACUCGGCGCUAUGUGAAUACAUUGUUGAAGGAUCUCAACCUCCUGGCUGUUAUUCGCCUUUCACAGCUCUAUCGCGAGCCUGGAAACGCCCUUUUGCGCGAUUUCCACGGUCUUCUCAAGCACUUUGUUGAGUUCGCGAUUGAUGAUUACACCGGCGAGGCUCUCACCCCACAGGGUGUCUAUGAUAUUCAUAGCCAGGAGUUGGCUCAGUUGCAGAGAACCUCGAUGAAGCUCUUCAAAGACAAGCUCAUGAUCCUCGCACUGUCUAACCUAGGUUCUAUCGAGCAACGUUCUGAUCUCGAAGGGCAACUUUCUUCCCUAGAUGAUUCGGAACUCCAAACACUGAGCUCUGCUCUGGGAUUCCGCACAGUCUAUCCCAAGUCUGCUAACGUUAACCCGGGCCGCCAAUUCUACCUCGAGGUUCUAGCAUCAUUCUAUGAACGCAAGGUUCCAUUCCAGGAAGCUGUUGGGAAACUAAACCCGCUUCCAACGGAAGAGAACCUGUACGACCCGGCCUUGCUCAGAAAUGAGACAUAUGACGGAUCAAGGCCUCUGGCGAUCCCAAAACUGAACCUCCAAUACCUCAGCCUUGGAGACUUCCUUUGGCGUUCAUUCCUUCUGUACCGCUCGGAGGCUUUCUUCCAGAUUCGCAAGGACAUGGAGUCCGUCGUCAAGCGCAUGCAGCCUAAAUCAGUUCGUGAUGGAAGCCUGAAUUUCGAGGGCUUCUCCCGAAUGGCAAUCCCCAUUUCCAAGCCCGCCAUCAUUGAUGUCGCCCCGCCUAAGGUUGGCGCCACCAAUCCGGCCUUCGUUCGAGCUGAAAUUGCGAUCGAGGUAGGAAGACUUGCAGACAAUGUGAGAAAAGAAUGGGAUUCACUCCGUCCUGAUGACGUCGUAUAUCUGCUGGCAGUGCAAGGACAGGGCGCGGAUGCUCCCCGGAUGACCCAUCUGCGAACUGCUGAGAUUGUUCAAGUUCUAGAUGAGCAAGGUCGGGCCCUACGGCAGCACCCUGGCCAGGCCAAUGGACACUUACCGAGAGCCCGAUUGCGCCGCUUGAUUGUCCACUUGGAUGCGGCUGCCUUCAAAGCCGAUCAGGAUCAGCAGGCCCACGGCAAGCCUGACAUCUAUCCACUCAUCAACAUUGUUGCGCGACGAAAGGGCAGAGAGAACAACUUCAAAUCGAUUCUGCAGACCAUGCAAAGGCUCAUCGUCUCAGACAUGACACUCCCAUCUUGGCUUCAGGACAUUUUCCUCGGCUACGGAGACCCCGCCGGUGCGCAAUACACACAACUGCCCAAUCGGCUUCGUAAAAUUGACUUCCGUGAUACCUUCUUGGAUUGGUCUCAUUUGAUUGAGGCCGUGCCUGGCAUUGAGCCCUCAGGGGCGGAGAAUUCAAGCUUCGGUCCUCCAUACGUUCUUGAGUAUGAUGACCAGAAGCCAGCUGCCGAGCCACCGGCCCCUAAAAAGCGACGCCGCGAGCAACCCCAAGAAGACUCGGCUCCUUCCACCGUUCGCGUUUCCACAUACAAGCCUCCAAACCCUGGUCCAUAUCCCGUGGAUGCUCCCAAGUUGAACCAAGUGCGCUUCACUCCCGCUCAAGUGGAAGCAAUUGCAUCAGGAACACAACCAGGACUGACUGUCAUCGUUGGACCUCCUGGUACUGGAAAGACCGAUGUCACAACACAAAUCAUCAACAAUAUCUACCACAACUUCCCUAAUGAACGGACACUGCUCAUUGCCCACAGCAAUCAAGCACUCAACCAACUCUUCCAGAAGAUCAUUGCUCUCGACAUUGACGAAAGACAUCUCUUGCGUCUCGGCCACGGCGAAGAGGAACUGGACACCGAUUCUAACUAUAGCAAGCAUGGGCGAGUCGAAUCCUUCCUUGACAACCGUAAUGCCUAUCUAUCGGAAGUGAUGCGCUUGGCUGCAUCCCUAGAGGUGGAGGGUGCGCAUGGCAACUCAUGCGAAACGGCCGGUUACUUCAACACAGUCUACGUCCAGCCGACCUGGGCCAAGUUCUGGGAUCGAGUCAAGUCCGAGGAAGUUUCAACUGAAGACAUUGUUGCUUUGUUCCCAUUCCAUUCAUACUUCUCAAAUGCCCCCCAGCCCCUCUUCUCCACAGAAGCCACCAAGGAGUCUAUCCUUGACACUGCCUCUGGCUGUCAACGGCACAUUUCCAAGAUUUUCUCUGAAUUGGAAGACAUUCGGCCAUUCGAGAUUUUGAGACAACCACGGGACAAGGCGAACUACCUUCUUGUGAAAGAAGCCCGGAUCAUCGCGAUGACCUCGACCCACGCUGCAAUGCGCCGCCAGGAGAUUGCUGAUCUAGGCUUCCACUACGACAACGUGGUCAUGGAAGAGGCCGCCCAGAUCACUGAAGUCGAAAGCUUCAUCCCCAACGCUCUGCAAAACAUGCAGAAUGGAGAGCUUCCUCUCAAGCGUGUCGUUCUCUGUGGUGACCACUACCAGAACUCGCCCGUCAUUCAAAACAUGGCUUUCCGCCAAUAUGCCCACUUCGAGCAGAGUCUCUUUUUGCGACUAGCACGACUAGGUGUCCCCGUGAUCAACCUCGACAAGCAAGGGCGCGCAAGAUCCAGCAUCGCAGAGCUCUUCCGCUGGCGAUACCAGGAACUUGGCGACCUGCCUGUCGUGCAAACUGCACCAGAGUACCAGAAAGCCAACGCUGGCUUCCAGUUCGAUUACCAGUUCAUCAACGUUCCCGACUACCAAGGGACUGGUGAGCGUGAGCCGACUCCUCACUUCAUCCAAAACCUGGGCGAGGCCGAGUAUGCAGUGGCCAUGUACCAGUAUAUGCGUUUGCUCGGAUACCCGGCUUCCAAAAUCUCCAUCUUAGCUACGUAUGCUGGCCAAACGGCUCUGAUUAGGGAUGUGUUGAGUCACCGGUGCGGCAAGAACCCCAUGUUCGGAAUGCCAAAGAUUGUUACCACUGUCGAUCGUUACCAGGGAGAGCAGAAUGAUUACGUGAUCCUUUCUCUCACGCGUACCCGCAGCGUCGGCUAUCUCCGCGACGUCCGACGUCUCACGGUGGCGCUCUCCCGAGCCCGCCUGGGUCUGUACAUCCUCGGUCGUCGUGAAGUCUUCGAAUCAUGCUACGAGCUCAAGCCUGCCUUUGAUCUCCUGCUUCAACGCCCGGACAAGCUCAUGCUUUCCCCUGGUGAGAUGUUCCCGUCAGCCCGGGAUGCCAACGCUGCUGUUGGUGGCACCCCCAUGGAAAGUGUCGAGCAUCUUGGUCAGUAUGUCUUUGAGAUGACCCAGGCUAAGGUCAAGGCCAUGGGUGAUGGAGAUAUUGUAAUCGAGGACGCUGCCCCGGUUGAGGAGGAUGGCCUUUUGGAAGAAGACGAGGAUGAGCUUAUGGGUGCUGAUGACGAUGAGGAUAUUGUAUGA